AUUAACUCCACUGUUUGCUAAGAGAAAGUGGCAUACAUUUUUAAAGACUGAAAAUAAAAUUGACACCAAAGAACGCAAUGGAGGAAGUAGAGAACAGCUUGGGCAAGCUAAGGCAAUGCUUUAGGAGUGGUAGAACUCGAAGUGUUGCAUGGAGGAAAAACCAGAUAAGGGCUGUGCUUAAGCUCAUCCAUGACAAAGAAGAUGCUAUAUUCGAAGCUCUUCAACAAGAUCUUGGAAAGCAUCCGGUUGAAACUUUCCGUGAUGAGAUCGGGGUUGUGAAAAAAUCUGCAAAUUAUGCUUUGAGCAAUGUAAAGAAAUGGAUGGCCCCUAAGAAGCAACCUGUGCCUUUGUUGUUCUUCCCAUCAAAAGGAGAAGUGCUGCCCGAACCGUAUGGUGUGGUUCUCAUAUUUGGAUCUUGGAACUUCCCUAUCUCCGUGGCACUGGACCCAUUAAUAGGAGCUAUAUCUGCGGGGAAUGCAGUGGUGAUAAAACCAUCAGAGCAAGCUCCAGCAUGCGCUUCUUUUCUAGCUAAUAUUCUCCCUCUUUACUUGGAUGACAGUGCGAUUAAAGUGAUUUUGGGUGGAGCAAAUGAAAGUGAGCAACUGCUGCAGCACAAAUGGGAUAAAAUAUUCUUCACUGGAAGCCCACGAGUGGCGUCUCAAGUCAUGACUGCGGCUGCAAAGCAUUUGACACCUGUUACUCUUGAGUUGGGAGGAAAAUGCCCUGCAAUCCUGGAUUCUCUCUCCAGUCCUUCAGAUAUGAAGGUGGCAGUCAAACGAAUUGUAGGAGGGAAGUGGGGGGCGUGCAAUGGGCAGGCAUGUAUAGGAAUAGAUUAUGUACUCGUUGAAGACAAGUUCAAGUCUACUCUGAUAGAAAUAUUACAGAAGUAUAUCAAGAGAUUCUAUGGAGAGAACCCAAGAAAAUCUGGAAGUAUUUCCAGAAUAAUAAACAAGAACCACUUUGAGAGAUUGCAGAAUCUUCUUAAGGACCCCUUUGUUGCAGAUUCCAUUGUUCAUGGUGGUUCAUUAGAUGAAGAAGCACUGUAUAUCGAGCCCACAAUAUUGUUAAACCCUCCUCUUAAUGCUGAUAUCAUGAAUGAAGAAAUCUUUGGCCCUCUGCUUCCAAUAAUCACUGUGGAUAACAUUCGUGAAAGCGUUGACUUCAUAAAUUCAAGGCCAAAACCUCUUGCUAUUUAUGCCUUUACAAAAGAUGAAACAUUCAAGAGACAGAUUUUAGCUGAAACAUCCUCAGGAAGUGUUACAUUCAACGAUGCCUUAGUUCAAUUCCUAUGUGAUACUUUACCAUUUGGAGGUGUUGGUCAGAGUGGCAUUGGAAGGUACCAUGGUAAGUACACUUUUGAUACUUUCAGCCAUGAGAAAACAGUAAUGCAAAGAGCCUUCUUCCCUGAACUUGAGCCUAGGUAUCCACCAUGGAACGACUUCAAGCUGAAAUUUAUAAGAUUGGCAUACGAUUUUGACUAUCUUGGAAUACUCCUCCUCAUGCUGAAUUUGAAAAGAUAGCCAUAGUAUAUCAAGUCAAUUAUGUGGAGAUCAGAAUGUCGUUGAAUUUCAACAAUGUGGAGUAAUGUGCUAUACAUGCCUAUCUAUGUGGAAAGAUUGAAAAACAUGCAUCAUAUUGUGCUUAUUGGGUCUUUUUUUUUUUAAGCUGGGUGUGCUUAUUGAAUAUUGAGUACUGGAAAACUUAAAUUUCAUUUUGUUUGUUCGGAUGAUACUUAACAACUAAGGUUGCGUUUGUUUCA